AUGCUCGCAUGCGCCGACAAGAACACGAGCCGACAAUUGAGAGCCGGUGCUGAGCUGCCUUGUCCAAGCGGCACAUGCGACACUGUGCAAUUGCCCCACUUUAGAGCUCUAGAGACUUCGCACACCUCGCCUCGCCACGUCUGCACCAUUGUCGGGACUCUGUCUCGCUGUCCGCCGAUCGCCGCGUCCCCAUCCGCACCCCUCUUUUCGGCCUCCGCCACCAAAACCGUCAAAACGGCGUCGCCACAGCCGAACCCGACGACCGCGCCCCCGGCCACCGCCGCCAGAGUACCGCGGGGACUCGGGUCUACGUCAUACACGUCGUACACGUCGUCCAAAGGAUCGAGCGGGUCAACGUCGCCGCCGGCCUCGCCGCCGUUUCACCGGCCCAUCAUGCAGACGCUGCCGGAGAGCCGGCCGCAGUCGUUUGACGAGAUCUACGGCCCGCCAGAGAACUUUCUCGAGAUCGAGGUGCGCAACCCGCGAACGCACGGGGUCGGGCGGCACAUGUACACGGACUACGAGAUCGUCUGCCGCACCAACAUCCCCGCGUUCAAGGUGCGGCAGAGCGUGGUGCGGCGCCGCUACAGCGACUUUGAGUACUUUCGCGACAUCCUGGAGCGCGAGAGUGCACGCGUGACGAUUCCGCCGCUGCCAGGAAAGGUGUUUACAAACCGCUUCAGCGACGACGUGAUCGAGGCGCGGCGUGCCGGCCUUGAGAAGUUCCUCAAGAUUGUCGUCGGCCACCCGCUGCUGCAGACGGGAAGCAAAGUCAUGGCCGCAUUCGUGCAAGACCCGAACUGGGACCGCAACGCUUGGUGA